GAAAAAUAUGACAAAAAUAUUAAAAUUAACAAACUAAAAAUAGGUGACAAAGUUUUAGUUGUGAAAUCUCAACUUAAAAAUAUUUUCUUAGCAAAAUUAGAAGAACAAUUUAUAGGACUAUAUAUCAUUCAUGAUAUUUUACUAUUAGGAGUUUUUAAACUUCGAACAUUUGAGAAUAAAAAGAUUAAGAAUUCUGAUAUCUUUAUAGAAAGUACUAAUGAAGCUUUGAAUAAUUUAGAAACUAAUAAUGAAAAUAUGUCUUUGAGUUUACAAUAUAAAACCACUCAAAAUAAAAUAUCUAAUAAACAGCAAAAUUUAAAUAUGAAUGAAAUCUUUGAAAAUAGUUCUGAAAGCUCCUCUGAUAAAAAUGAUAAACUAUUAAUAACUGAUAGAAUCAAAAGAGAUUUACAACAUGAAGUUGACAACAAUACUGAAUUUAUUUCACUUUUUGAAGCCUACAAAGAUUAUAAAACUUUCAAAAAUAUUUUCUAUAAAAUUGAACAACUUGAAAAAUAUAAAGGUAUUAACAAACAAAGAUUAAAAAUAGCCUACUACCUUGGUGAACUAAAGACUAAAAACUAA